AUGGCGCCACCUCAAAAGCCAGAGACAUUUAUGUUGUCAAGUGAAGCCCAGCAAAGCCUCCCGCAGGAUGCCCAAGUUGCGCUUCAACAGGUCGAUAACCUGAAAUAUUUCUUAAUCUCAGCGCCUGUCGACUGGAGCCCCGAUCAGCUCAUCCGGCGCUUUCUGCUGCCGACCGGCGACUACAUUUCUUGCGUGCUCUGGAGCAACCUCUUCCAUAUCUCUGGUACCGAUAUCGUUCGGUGCUUGUCCUUUCGCUUCCAAGCGUUUGGUCGCCCCGUCAAGAACCCGAAGAAAUUCGAAGAAGGAAUCUUCUCUGACCUGCGCAACCUCAAAUCCGGCACCGAUGCCUCGCUCGAAGAACCCAAGAGCCCGUUUCUGGAUUUCCUGUACAAAAACAACUGCAUCCGGACCCAGAAAAAGCAAAAGGUUUUCUACUGGUAUAGCGUCCCCCACGACCGCCUGUUCCUGGACGCGCUGGAGCGCGAUUUGAAGAGAGAAAAGAUGGGCCAGGAGGCGACUACAAUGGCUGUUGCCGAGCCUGCUCGGUCCUUUGAAUUCGACUCGUCCCAGUCGCUCUAUGAGCAGCUCACCAAGGCGCAACAAGCCAACUCUUCAUCUUUUCCUGCACACGCAAGUACGACAUAUGGUCAGCCCACCUCUCCCGUCGUUCGGACCGUUGACGCUAUGCCUCCUCCCCAGAUGGCCCCGUCAGUGAUGACAAUGCUUCCCGAGGACUCGGCGAACCAAGUCAUGUACGCUCCAGUCACGAUGCCGAUGAAGCGCGAGAACGAGUACGUCCCGAUUCAGUAUGACCGAAGCGGCAGCAUCCCCAUUUCUCGAAUCCACCAGCGACACACCUCGAUGCCUGCCUACAUGGAAUACUCGCCCGCGCCUUCUUUUGUUUCCUCGCAGUACGAAGACUACAGCAACCGCGGUCUGUCUUUUGAGCCCAUUACGCCUCCACAGCAUGCCGUCCCUCUCGGCACUGAGCCCGCUUACAUUGCCAACGAAGAGACCGGUCUCUACACUGCCAUUCCCGACAUCGGAUCGCACUCGUUCAACCCCAUGAUGCAGCUGCCGCCUUCUAACCUAUCGGGCCAGCUGGGCGCCACUUCCCGCCACCUAUCAGGCAACGUUUUUUCCGUGAUUGAAGGCUCUCCAACUUACAAGCAGCGCCGACGACGAUCCUCGAUCACCCCCGGCAUCGCCAAUGCCAUCGCAGCCGCUGGCCAGGCGUCAGGCGCCCAGACCCAGCCAACAACCUACGCGACCUACAAGCCCAGCGAUUUGAGACGCUCGGUUUCAAACUCGGUCGGCCCCGUCACCGAGGCAGACGAGUCUACUCGCCAAUCUCCUGCUGGGGGUGUAGCCAACGGAAUCCCGUCGAGCGUUGCCUCUCAUCAAAAGGACCUGCUGCACGAAAUAUCACGCACCGGCACCCCCUUGCCUAGCCUGGAGGAAGGUGUAGAGCAGACAUUCCCGCUCAUGCACCAGCACGACGAGCUAGCCCAUCUCGCCAAUACCAAUGGGAUUGAGGCCUCGGUUUCACACAGCGCCAUGGGUCGCAUUGAGCGCCCUGGUGGACCUGUGCGCCGAGCCCGAAGUGCCACCAUGAUGGAGCUAGGGCCAUACCCGCAAAAGUCUCACUCGUGCCCAAUCCCAUCUUGUGGUCGCCUCUUCAAGAGGUUAGAGCAUUUAAAACGGCACGUGAGGACCCAUACUCAGGAGCGACCAUACCCUUGCCCGUACUGCAACAAGGCCUUUUCGCGCUCCGACAACCUUGCUCAACACCGGCGCACCCAUGAAACCCAGCAGGACGGUCAGAAUGGCCACCAGCCACUGAGCGACGACGACCUGGAUUCCGAGGAGAAAGAGUUUGGCUCUCUUGAAAAUGAUUCGCCAGACUCGGAUGCCAACCAGUUUGUUCAUCCCAGUGUUGUCAACAUGCCCUCGGUGGCACCAAUGUCCACCGCUAUCACGAUGCAGAACUCUAUGCCAAACAUGCUUGCUCCGCAUAUGAUAGCUUCGCAGUAUCUGCAGCAGCAUAUUUGA